AAAACCACAUCGAGCAUAAAUAUUCUGUUUUCUUCGAAAAUCGGAACAACAAUAGAUCUUAAAUACGUAAUUCCAGAUAAUCUUUAAAGAAUUUACUCAGUUCGAGCAGGCUUGUUGCGGAACCAGCUUGCAAACCAAAAAUACACAAUUCGGUCUCGUAAUGUAAAAUUUAUAUCUUUUGGUUUAUACUGAUUUUUAGAAUGGCAGUGAAUAAAAGGAAAUGAACAGGUGCAACCUUAACUUAAUCUGAUUAGUUAUUUGGCAAGAGCAAUAACUAUUUCGUAACCUUUUUCUAUCCGGUUUUAGUUUUUACAGUUUUAAUAUAUUCCAGCAACCAAAUUUUUGCAUAUUUUGCUGAGUUGCAUUUUCUCCACUUAUUUUGAUUUUUCACCACUUCAUAACAAUAGCAUUUUUUGUUGCAAUUUUGACUAUUCAGCAUAUUAAGUUAUCUAAUCGACAUAAACAAAUUAGCAAACUUUAUGAUCACCAAUUUUUCAAUACCACGUUUGUCUAAAUAUAAGAAUUAUGAGAACUUAUUGUUUCUUAAGCCUUUUAGUUUAUGGAUGGGUUUUAAGCUGGGCCAAUAGCAACAGCCAUCCUGAGGCCAAUUUAAGAAACGAUUUACUGCCAAAAGAUCAUCAUCCCUUAAAUCGCCCUGUUCAAAAUCUAACCACUGUUACUGUCGUGAAUUACGACGCUUCUCUUUACCAGUUAGUUGGCUUCAACUCGAAAGACGAGUCUAUAGAACUGUUGACUUUUCAGCGAUUGACUUGGCGCGAUGAGUUCUUGAUUUGGGAUCCAGCAAAUUAUUCUGGGCUUGAGAAGAUCCGGUUCAGUCAACUUCAAAUAUGGACGCCUGACGUUCUUCCGUAUAAUGAAAUAGGCGAUUUAGAUUACGACAGAUUCGUACUGACCGUGCCUAUUCUUGUAAACUCUUCUGGUCACGUGAUUUGGUCUCAGCCAGUUAACAUGGAAACUACUUGCUCGAUGGAUGUGACGAAUUUUCCAUUCGAUUCUCAAACUUGUGAAAUCGAGUUUGGAUCGUGGCAGUACGAUUCGACAGAAGUGAUGAUGUCUUGUGUCAAUGAGCUGGAUUUGAAUGACUAUAUACCUGAUACUCUAUGGGAGCUACAAGAAACUUCGUGUCGAGAGCGAACAUCGCCCACAAAUCAAGGUCGGAAUUUCAGCGACGCAGUUGUAACUGUGACCUUCAAACGACUCCAAACAUACUUCGUGAUCAACUUAGUAGUUCCCACAGUUCUACUUCUGGGAAUCAGUUCCCUCACUUUCUUCAUUCCGGGAGAAAUUGGGGAGAAACUCAGCUUUGGUGUGACGGUUACUCUCUCGCUUUGUGUCAACUUGACAAUUUUCACAGACUUUAUUCCGAUGACAUCGACAACAUUUCCCAAGUUGUUCUCGUAUAUUCUUUCCAGCAUUGUUUUAUCUUGCAUCUCAAUGGUUUUGGCAGCAGUUUCUGUUAAUUUUGUCAAGAUCAACAAAAACAGCAACGAUGAAAACAAAACUAAAGCUUUCGAAGCACCGUUCACAAAUAUGGCACUGAAUGAGCUUGCAAAUCGUGCUUCCUCGAAUAAAAUUGAGGAGAAGAUGACACUAAGGAAAAUUGAUACAAUUAUUGGGUUCAUAUACCUUGUGGGAGUCACCGCCUACUCUGUUCUUUUUUUCAUAUCAAUGAGUGUUUGAAUGAAUCUUGAUUGUAGCGUUAACUAUACAUAUAAUAGUGUAUAGUCUCAAGUUUAACAAAAACCUCAAAACUAUAUUUUUCACGGGUUGAUGUACUCAAUUUUUGUAUCGACCGUAUGCGUCGACCGAAUUUCCCCUUUUCAACACAGGUUAUAUAGGUCAAGCAAAAAAUGUUUCGAUACAUGAGUCGAUCAGGGUCAAUCAUUGUCGACCGAAGUUGAUACAUGAAUCGACUGGGGUUUAAAAAAAUAAACAAUUUGAAGAAACGAAUUACGUCAUAAAAAACAUAAAAACCAUCAUUAAAAGGAAGAAAAAACUAACAAAAUCUACAAAAAAAAACUUUUUUCUAAUCAGUUCACAAUAGCCAAAAACAAUGAAAGAUUAAUUUAAAAACACUUGCAAGGUCGACAAUAUUCAGAAAAGUCGGAUCAAUUGAGCAAUCUCCCUCCCGUGAUGACCAAUUGAGCUAUCUCCCUCCAAGAAAAAACGAUAACAGGCUACAAACAGUUGCCAGCCAAAGCAAGUAGAAAUUUAAUGUGUUCUUAGAACGCAAUCAUUUGACCGACUGAAGUUUACUUUAUACGAGUAUCAAGAAAAAUUUUGAAAAAGUAAAAUAAUCGAAAUUCAAGAAACUUUUUUUUUGCAAAUUUUUAUUAGGGCAAAUCGAGGACAGCAAUUUCCCAGGGUUGGUGUUCUAGCCUUGUAUCUGAGUAUCAAAAACUGCUCUCUGCGGCACCUUAUUUCUUAUUUUGUACGCAAUAGCUUUUUUAUUUCAAUUCGGGCAGAAAAAAGUCGCUUUAUGUGUCCCAGUUUUAUAGCCGCUUUAUGUGUCCCAUCUUAUUUCACUCUGAAUGUAAUUUUUGUGCUUUGAUUUUGUAAACUUUGGCUUUCCACAUUCAUUGGAAAAUUAGGUUCAUGAUUUUAUAUCAAUCAAACUAUUUUAAGAUUUUUUUUCAAAACGGACAGUACAUAUUUCGACCACUUCAAUCCGGCUUAAUUGCAUGGUUCAAUCUAGACUCUCACCAUUUGGAAACUUUGGUUUUCAAAAAAGUUUUCAAAAAAAGUCCAUUGUUGAUUAGCACAUGUUUUUAAGUUACGACCAAUUACUUCAACUUGUUGGCUUAGCUUAAAAUCUGCACGAAUGAUUUUGAGGAUGACCGCUCAGCUACCAUAAAGCUCGACUAGCAUAAAAGUUUGAAAAAUAUGGAAAAGUAUCGACUAGCAUACUUUUUAUAGCAAAUUGUCUC